AUGGAGAGUUUAGACUCAAAAGAUGAUAAAAUAGCGACGUUGUCAGCAGAAGGGGUGCUCGAAGCGUCCGAGAGAAUUGCCGGCAACGAAAGACAAAUUCUCUACGAGAAAGGCUUACAGUAAGUGUUCAAAGGUAUUUUAUGUAUUUCAUAGUUUACAGCAUAGUUUGCAGGGAAGUUUAAAGAGAGUUAAUAAUUUUAAUAAAGUUAUUUUCAAAUUUCAAGUAUAUGCGUCUUGUUGUCAUAGUAUUAAAUGUAUAUCAUGGCGUUGUUAUUAAAAGAAAGGACAUGUACUUUUAAGAAGAACUAGCUGCAAUAGUGCAAUCUGUACUGGCAAUCAGAGGUGGAUCUAGCCUCAUUUGAAAGGAGGGGUGCAGGUUUUCCAUGGGGUGGUGCAUGAGGGGGCCUUACUGCGGUACUGCCCACUCUCCUCUGCAGUCUGCAACGCUACUAUCCCAACAUUACCAUUAUUUGAGAUGCCGAAUCUGCAUGUUCGCCGUUCUGUUAUAUCGGCUUUUUUAUCACAUGUGUGACUGCACAGUUGCUGUAGCACAGUACAGUAAAUUUCCUUAUUAAAGUACAGUAUAUUUGAAAAUAUAUGGCUGACAGUGUAUAACAAUCUUGAUCCAUAUUUAACCAUAACUAAAUCAUUCUGAGUAUUUUCUUGUGAGCUCACAAAUCAAUUAGAUCAUUUCAAGAAAUCGAAACACGCUAACAGUAGAAGUUCCGCCAAUCGCUAUUCAAAAAGCAGAAAAUGUAUGGUCAAGCUUCUCUCUAGCACCUUCUCUAGGAAGGUGCUAGACACUGUUAGAUAGAGGUGUGCACCCCCUGCCCCCUCUUGGUAGAUCUGCCCCUGCUGGCAAUGGUUCUGGAAACAAUUUGUGCCUGAUUUUACAUCUACUGUACAGUACUGCCAAAUUAUUAGACUAUGUUAUAUUGAUGGGAUAACCUGGGUAUUUGCCCAUGUCUCUUGUUAACCUAUAAGGUCCUAUAAGCUACAUUAAUGUGCCCUAAAAUAGCCUAAAUUUAUCUCUGUCUGACAUUACCCAAUGUUCACUUGUGUGCAUUAAUGGGUUAAUUAAUCAAAUAUUUUUAAUUUCUGUUUAGAUUUAAGGUAGCAAACAUUGAAAUCUUCAGAUAAGUGCUCUUUGAAUAUUUUAUGCGUAUUUUUCACAGCAUUACUACAAAUUGCUAACAAAACCUGUAUACAUUUUUUAUUGUUUUUAGAGAAAUUCAUCAUAUGCACAUGCAUUGCAAUGUUUUCUCUGUUGCCUACAAGAUAUUGAACAAGAUGACUCGUUUCCUGAAUUACCUUAUUGUCUUCAUAAUGUAAUGUUAUGUCAAACAUUUUAAAUGGCAAUUGUAUUUUUAUUUCUAUCGAUCCACCACAAUUUUUCAUUUUUUCCAUAAAAAUGGCACAGAGCCAUUUUAACCAUCACUUCAACCAGUUAUCAAUUUUUCAUCCAUCAAGCAGCACAGUACCACCUUAACUAUUGUAUUAUCCACAAUAGCACAGAGCUACCUUAACAGUUACUUCAGCCAGUUAUCAUUGAGCAACACAGUACCACCUUAAUUACCAUUAUGCUAGUCACAACUGCACAGAGCUACCUUAACCAUUACUUCAGGCUUCAGCCAGGUAUCAUUGAGCAGCACAGUACCACCUUAAUCAUUAAGCCAGCCACAACUGCACAGAGCUACCUUAACCAUUACUUUAACCAGAUAUCAUUGAGUAGCACAGUACCACCUUAACCAUUAUGCUAACCACAACAACACAGAGCUACCUUAACCAUUACUUCAGCCAAUUAUUAAGCAACACAGUACCACCUUAAUCAUUAUACUAGCCACGACAGCACAGAGCUACCUUAACAAUUACUUCAGCUAUUGAGCAUUGCAGGUACCACCUUAACCUGAGUACAGCAAUUGCAAUUGCAACAGCACAGAGCUUCCUUAACAGUUAUAAUUAAGCAGCGCAGUACCACCUUAACCAUUAUGCUAGCCACAGCAGCACAGAGCUUCCUUAACAAUCACUUAUCUUACCCUAAAUAAUUUAUUGUAAGUAUUGUAGUCAUGUGUAUUAUGUUAUAGAUAGCAGAAAUAUACAGCAAACUGGGAGAAUGUAUCCUUCCAAAAAUAUAAAAUGUUCACAACAUUUACUGGAUCUGUACUGUUAGUCGUUACCUUUUCUAAGAAAGAUACAUGAUAUUCAUUUUGGCAUAUUUCACAUUUAUAUUAGAUCUAUAUUUUUAAAAUUUUCCCUAACCAUUGCAAUCCAGUUGAGAAGGCAAUUCAAUUUGUACAAGCGGAGAAGUUGUUUUAUGAAACUGCUCUUAUUCAAGCUGGAAAAAACGAUGCUGACGGUAAGUUAAUUAAUAUAUAGUAAUUCACACUGUAUUUAACUCAUUCAGGUAAUACACUUGGAUCCUUGCUCUUUUAGAUCCCGGUAAAGAAGAAAGUUCCACAGAGGUAACUAGACUGGUUGAUUAAGAUUUUUUAUUAUUAUUUUUUUUAUUAUUAGGAAUUUAUUUAAAAACACAGAGUCCAAUUCACAUAGUGUGAUCUUCCCUGGAGCCGUGCAAACUACCAAAUAUAGCUAUUAAAUAAGUAGCCUAUAAUUAGAUUAAUACAAUUAAAUAUAUACAAUUAAAGAAGUAAAUAAUAAACUAAGCUAUCAGCAAUUGAUUUAGCAUUAAUCGCUUCCACAGGCAAGCUAUUCCACAGAACAGUUCCCCGAUACGUAAAGCUUUUUUUGAGAGCCGCAGUCUGAGGUCUAGGGACGAAUUGUUUAGAACUAGAGCCUCGUAAAUUAUGGUUGUGAACCCGUAUCAAUCAAUUAGACACGUUGGUUUUUCAUGUUUAAAAUCUUGCCAAGGUUACUGAUCCUGAUGCAAGUUCUGAAGAAGCUCAGAUGGCAAAUGAAUAUGAAAAAUUAUCUCAGAUGUGUUUGAAGCAAAAAAAGUAUGCGCAUGAUAUUGGUUAAUGAAACCCAACUAUAUACACACAGUACAUAUUUUCUAACAAUGCCGUAUUUGUUUUCUUGCUUUUAUUUUAGCGUUCAGCUUGCUCUCGAAUACGCUGGGAAGGUGCAGAAUUAAUGUUUCCUGAUUUUUACAUUCUUCAGAACAGAACAAAUAAAUAAAUCAUGUUAACAUGUUUAAAUUAAAUUUUGUUAGGCUACUCAAAUACGUAAGAAAAUCUAUGGCGAGUCGCAUCCCGUCACGACCAAAAGUUUAAAUCAAUUUACCUUGAUUUAUGCUGAGAUGGGAAAAGAACAGUAUACCGGUAGGUAGCCUAGCUUGUAUACUGCUUGAAAAUUGAAAUUAAUUGUACUAAACUAACUUUAUUUAUACUGGAUAGCUCAAUCAGUUCUAAACUGUUCUUCGUAGAGGUCUAGUAAGGAUCGUCUUUUAUUGAUCUAGUGUUACUACAGGAGGAAACCUAAACUAAACUAACUUUAUUUAUACUGGAUGUCUGGAUAGCUCUAUCAGUUUUAAACUGUUUUUCCUAGAAGUCCAGUAAGAAUCAUCUCUUAUUGAUCCAGUGUUACUACAGGAGGAAACAUAAACUAAACUAACUUUAUUUAUACUGGAUAGCUCUAUCAGUUCUAAACUGUUCUUCCUAGAGGUCCAGUAAGGAUCAUCUCUUAUUGAUCCUGUGUUACUACAGGAGGAAACCUAAACUGAACUAACUUUAUUUAUACUGGAUAGCUCUAUCAGUUCUAAACUGCUCUCCCUAGAGAUCCAGUAUGGAUAAUCUUUUAUUAAUCCAGUGUUACUACAGGAGGAAACAUAAACUAAACUAACUUUAUUUAUACUGGAUAGCUCUAUCAGUUCUAAACUGUUCUUCCUAGAGGUCCAGUAAGGAUCAUCUCUUAUUGAUCCAGUGUUACUACAGGAGGAAACCUAAACUAAACUAACUUUAGAGCUGAUAGACCUAUCCAGUAUAAAUAAACUGUUCUCCCUGGAGGUCAAGCAAGGAUCAUCUCUUAUUGAUCCAGUGUUACUACAGGAGGAAACCUAAACUAAACUAAACUAAACUAUCUACUUGGUUGUUUUUGUUUAGCUGCGAUGGAAAAAUAUUCUAAGCCAGAGGACAAGCCAUCAUUGGAAAGUAAGUCAGAAGUGGAAAUGAGUGAAAAAGAAUCUGAAAGAAAUGCAGACUUUGCUAAGGAAGAGAAAACAUCGGGAAAUAAUGAAAAAGAUAAAAGUGACGGCAGUCAGAAUGAGCGUCUUGGAGAAUGUGAUAGUGAAAAGAGAAUGGACAAAAGUGAAAAUUCUGAGAAUAAUGUGGGAUCUAAUUCCGCUCAAAAACAAGCCAAAGGUAUGUCAACAACUUUGUGAUAAGCUGUCGUGGUUUGGGUUUGAACCGCAUGAGAGUUUUCUCAAUGAUGCGUGUUUGCGCAGAAAAGUGUUCAAAACCUAAAAUAGUUUUGGCGUUUCUCUCAAAAUUACUUUGUCAGUUUAGCUUUAUUUUGUAGUUUGCACAGUUAGCAACCUUUUAAAUGUAUCUGGCGGUUAAGAAACAUAAAAUAAUAGUUAAAUAUUGUCAACUGAAAUACAAUUAUCAUUGCUGCUGUAAAAUUGACGCCAUAUUUAUACAGCAAUAUAUGCAAAAACUGAACUUCAGACAUCAUUCUCUCUUUGGCGUACCAUUUAAAAUAUCUUAAUUUUAGCAUUAUUUUACAGAUAAAGGACUAAACAUACUUUGUAAGUUUAUUUGCCGCUUGAGAAACCUCAGAAACGUAUCAAAAAUGUAAAAAUUUGAAUAUAGUAAUAUUAGGGAAGCCUCACAUAUCGAUUUUUUCCAUGAGAAACGUCAUAUGUUCGUUUGGAGGUGGGGGGUUGCAGCUGUGACGUUUCUCAGUAAACAUCAUGGAAAAAUUCGAUAGUUUUUUCGAAAGCCUUAACAUUUCGGAAUCAUCUUUGCAGAAUAAAAAAAUUACAUUCGUAAUACCAUGGAUAAUAAAAUAAAUUUUAUUAUCUAUGGUAAUACCAUACCUGUUCUACUGUAUAUACGUAUACAUUUAUAUUAUUACGCCUGGCUUGUAUUGAAAACACUCAAAUUUUAAGAAAAACGCGCUAAAAUUAUCAAUAUUUCAUGCAAAAAAAGUUGUUUUGAGAAACGUUGGAAAUUUUGAUGAUAUAUAUAUUAAUGAAAAAAGAUAUGUCAGCAGAAGAUGACAUAUUCCUCGCGGAAGCAUCGCCAAUAGGCGACCGUUGAAAAUAGUAGAAAAUUACCUUAUGUGUAUUAUAAGAACAAAAUAUCGAUAACUAUGUGUGAUGUUUCUAAGGGGGUGGGGGGGGGGGGUCUCCAGAGAAUGAGCGCGUGUUACGUAACACAAAAAAAUCUCCUCUUAGUAAGAGCGUAAGCAAACCUAUGACAAUGUCUUUGUUUUUUUUUUUCAGUUUCCUGUGCAAUGGUACUCAUGCUUUAUUUCUUGUCUACAUUGGUGAUAACUUUUGCUUGCACUGUAUUUAUGUGCUACAAAUAUGACACAGAUGUCCAUGCUUUGCAUUCAUUCUUGUUGCAAAGGAUAAAAUAUUAUUAUUACUUUUAUUUUAACUCGUCAGUUCCUGGCGUGAAAUUCAUUUGA